AUGUCCUUCAUCCGCCACCGCAACACCCCCGACCUCUCUGCCGGCCUGGUGCCCCCGGGCUCAUCAUCCCAGACGGGAUGGACCUCCCCCUUCGCCGAACAAACCUCCCGCCUCCUCUCCCGACACGGCAUCAACUCCCUUGUCACGUGCCUCGCAUACGACCCGGUGCAAUCCCUUCUCGCUGUGGGCACUGCCGAAUCCAAGUAUGGUCGUGGACGCAUCUACCUCUUCGGGGCAGGCCGCGUGCAGAGGGUGAUUGAUCCCCCUCCGCCGAACGAGACCUCCUCGGGGAUCGCAGGGUUGGGCCUGACGAAGAAAGAAGGGGCUGCGUCGGUCGUGGACGUUAGAUUCGUUUGCGGCGGACGGAGGUUGUUGGUACUGGAUGGCGGAGAUCAUGUGUUGCUGUAUGAUCUCGCGGCAUGUCCGCCGGGUCUGGUGGGGAGGGCGACGUAUGCGAAGGUUGCGUGUCUCGCGACCGAUCCGGCUUUGGAAUGGGCGUUAGUAGGGCUCCAGGCGGGCGGGGACGUGAUGGCGUUUGAUUUGGUGUCGGGGAGGCCGGCCGUGGGAGGGGGGGCGUGGAGGUUGGGGAAUGUAUGGAGGGAAAGGGAACGUGAGAAGGGCAGAGUGGCUGGGCUGCAUUCGAUCGGUGUUGUUGGCGUGCACUGGCAUCCGAGGGAUGUGGGCAAGCUGGCGGUGGCGUAUACCGAGGCUGUGGUGGUGUAUUCCUUCAAGAGGAAUGAAGUGCAGAAGUGGCUAGAGCUGCCUCAGCACCAGACGGGAAAGGCGAGGAUCACCUGUGCUGCGUGGCAUCCCACGGGAACAUUCAUCGUCGCCGGGUUGGACGAUGGAAGACUGGUAGUCUGGGACGUGAAAGAGGGAAGGGUUCUCUGCGUCUGCACCGUCGUCGUCGACAGCAUCGAAGACAACUCCUGUCGUCGUGCGCCAAUCGCCAAACUCUCCUGGUGCUGCAAAUCCCCCUCCAACCCAGACGACACUGCCCUCCUCAUUCUCGGCGGCAAUGCCCCCUCCCUCUCCUCUCCCUCAACCUCAACGACAUCAACCACCCCCCUCACCUUCCUUGACCUCGGCCCAACUCCCACCUACGCCACCUCCUCCUGGGACACCCUCACACAACACUUCACCGCCCCCAAGCGCCUGGUCCCCCUCCCCGUACCCCCGGGCGCCGAAGUCGCCUCCUACACUCUUAUCCCGCGCUCUUCGCCCCACUACCACGGCGCCUGCGACCCCAUCGCCGCUCUCGUCCUCCUCACGUCCGGCGAGGUGGUGACGCUGACCAUCCCCUCCGGCUACCCCAUCUCCCCAACCAACAUGCUCCCUCCGUCACUGAGCUUCAUCCACCCGUUUGUCAACCGCAUCUUCCUGACGCACAUCCCCCGCGAGCGAUGGCUGGGAUUGGUCGAGAAGCGACAGACGGGAGAAAAUUUCUUGCGCGGGGGUGCCCCGGCGCCAACGUUCCAUGGCGAGAGCAGGUAUCCGUAUCCGUUUCGGCAUGUCGUGCUUGCCGCGCACGCGGAUUGUACGAUUCGCGCGUGGGAUGUCGGGUUCGGGAGGAGCAGUGAGAUUGAGAACGCGGGACAGUUGCAAGUUGAUGUGGCGCGGGCGGUGGGCAGGGUCGGGGAGACGGAUGCCAGCGGGAUGGCGGGGGUCACGGUCGUGGGGAUGAGUGAGGUUACGGCGGAGAUGGUUGCCGGCACGAAGGGGGGAGAGGUGGUUGUUUGGAGGUGGGGGGUAAAUAAUAAUAAUGCCUUCCUUGGAAGGCGGGAAGAUGAGAAAGAGGAAGGGGAGACGAAGCCGGGCGAGGUGAGGGACAUCUCGCAUCGGACGGAGCCCAAUUUGAGGGAGGGACUGAUGCCGCUGGUGUUGUAUGCCCUGCCGGGAGGGAAGGCUCCUGUCAGUGCUGUUAAGGUAUCCGAUGUCGGUUUCGUGGCGGCUGCGUCGGAGAAUGGGUGUGUUAGUGUGCUCGAUCUACGCGGGCCUGCGGUGAUUUUCCAGGCGCAGGUUGGCGACUUGACCAGGGAGCAGGACAAGAGGUCAUCGUUGUUGGCGUUCGGGAAGGGCAAGCAUGCGAUGGAUGGCAGGCCGGAGUUUGCGACGGUGCUGGAGUUUGGGGUCAUGACGUUGGGCGAAGACGGGUAUUCCAGUAUUGCGUGUUUUGUUGGGACGGAUAGGGGUAGGGUAGUGACGCUCAAAAUACUGCCUGUUCAAGGGGCAGGCAAGGGACAGCCUGGGUACCGGGUUGAGCCUGCGGGCGUGAGCAAGGUCGGGAGUGAUCGCGUUAUGGCGGUUUGCCCUGUCAAUGGGGAUAAUGGUCUCCCCGCGGCGGCGACAGUAGACGCUGUUGCUGGCUUGAGAGAGGGUCGCAAAGUCGACGGCAUCCUCGUAGUCGCGACCCAAUCCACGGCCCGCGUAUUCAAACCGCCGACCUCCAAACCGGUGGCCUCACGUUCCCUAGACGACAUCUCCGGUCACCUCUGCGACGCAGCCUCCGUCGUCUACCCCCCACGCUCCCUCUCCUCCCCCAAUGUUCCCCCCUUCGCAGCCCUCCUGACCCUCCACUCCUCCGGCUCCCUCGCCCGAAUCUUCUCCCUCCCACACCUCAAAGAACUCUCACACCUCUCCCUCCCCGCCCUCGACCCCGCCCGCGCCCUGAACGCAGCCAUCUCUCGCUCCGGUAGCAUCCUCGCUUGGAUGGGCCCCUCCGAAAUCGGGCUCUACUCCGUCUGGCGGGAGACACAGCAAGGCUAUCAACGAAGGGACGAGCGAUACCACGGCGCCGGGGACGGUGGCGACUUUUUGGUGAUUGAGGGCCGCGAGUGUCCUGCUAGACCGACCAUCUCUGGCGUGGAGUGGGUGACGGGGACGCAGUAUGUGAGCGUGACUGAUCUGGGGAUAUUGAUCGGCGGGGAGGGGUGGGAGAGGAGGAGGGAAAUGGAGAAGCAGGCUGCCCAGGGGGCGCACAGGGAGGAGGGAGGAGGGACGGCAAGCAAGAGUCAGGAGGGGUGGGGUGAAUAUUUGGCACGGCAGAUUGAUGAGCGAAUGGAGAGGUUGAAUGUGGUUGAUGAUGCGAUGAUGAAGUUGCAAGAGACGACGCAAGGGUGGUCCGAAAGCGUCAACAAUUACGUCAAGAAACAGAAGCGCGAGGCACUGCUUGGUAGCAUCAAGAAGUCCUUCUUUUAA